AGUCAUCAGUGUAUGAAUGGAUGUGAAUGAUGUGCAAAAGGACUUGAGCCUGGGCAGGUGGAGAGAUGAGAUCCUUCCAGACAGGUUCUAAAAGCAAUGAGUGUUGGGGGGCCGUCUUGGAUGAAGCACCUCUUCGUCACUGUGUGGUCUAAGUCUAGGACAUCAGUGGUGGUCCCUCUCUUCAAAAAAGUUGACCAGAGAGUGUGCGCCAAUUACAGAGGUAUCACACUACUCAGCCUCUCUGGUAAAGUCUACUCCCUGCUGGAAAGGAGGCUUCAGCCGGGGGUCGGAUUGAGGAGGAACAAUGCGGUAGAUGCAGCCCGGCAAAGGGAACUUUGGUCUCCCCUCGACUCCGGGUAAGAGGUUGAAGAAGACAUGAGAUAAAAAAAUUGCAUCUUAAGAAACAACUUUGGAGCAAAUAGAUGCUGGCACAUCUAAGAGUGUCAAGACAACAAACACAGUUAACAGUGGUUUAGUUACAACUGUCUCCCUCUACAGUUUCCAUACAUUUUGUUCUGUCUCUCUUUAAACAAAUUUCCUCUUUUUAUAUCCCCCCCCCCCCAUUUUAUCUUGAGCCAUUCAGUUUAACGAUUGACCACAUUCUCCACUUAAACAUUAACCCUGGUGAAGCUGGCCAGAGUGGGCCAAGACUUCUUCCCCCCCACUGCUGUUUGCGUCGACUGUGUGUGCCGCUCUUAUUGGGCCCUCGGGCGGUUAGCGGACCCCUGUACUGGGACAGGAGCAAGUCAUCCCAGCACACAUUGGAGUAUCCGACAGGAGCACGCGUUUUGUAAUGGAGCAGUCCAAUGGUUUACAUGUUCUGAGUCCUGCUGAGUUGAGGCAGUUGAUCAGGCAGGAAGAUCCCAGAAUAAGCACCACGACAGGAUUAGCUAACGGAUACCAGCAAGCCAACGUCGUCAUCCUGCCCAAUCAUCUGGCCAAGGACUUUGAAGAGUUCUGUCGCAGAAACCCCGCCCCCUUGCCACUGCUUUAUCACAGCCGGUCAGGAGAGACUUCCUGCACGCCUCUUGCAAGAAAUGCUGACAUCAGGACGGACAUUUCUCAGUACCAUGUGUACGAAGAGGGUUGCCUGGUGAAAACGGUCUCCAGUCUGCAGAGUUACUGCGCUCAGUCGAGUGCUCCCGGGGUUGCAUCCCAGCAGCAGGCUGCUCCUCAGGGCCCAUGGUCAGACAUGGUUUGUUUCUAUCUGGGCUGCAGUUUUGGCUUUGAGGGCCGGCUGAGGAAAGCUGGGGUCCCGGUCAGAAACGUGGAGCAGGGCACGAACAUCAGCAUGUACAGGACAGCGGUCCGCUGUGUUCCUGCAGGAGUGUUCAGCUGCCCUCUAGUGGUCACCAUGCGUCCUGUUCCUGCUGCCAUGCUGGACGCAGCAGUAGAGGUCACUCACCUCAACCCGCUUGCACAUGGAGCUCCUGUCCACAUUGGAGACCCGGCUCUCCUUGGCAUACACGACCUGUCCACACCAGACUACGGGGAGCCGGUCCAGCUGCUGCCCGGAGAUGUCCCCGUGUUCUGGGCCUGUGGAGUGACUGCUAUAGAAGCAAUACUCUGCAGCAAGCCUCAUCUGGCAUUCAGCCACUCACCAGGCUGUAUGUUCCUGACUGACAUCCCAGACUCGCCACCUUCUCCUCCCCACCCACCCAGCAAAGGCUCCGUGGGCUCGCACUGCACGCAUCACGACGCCGAACUGAUUCCCCUCUGCUUCCUGAUAUCCCACAAUCCCUUGCUGUUCAGUUUAGCAUCUCAGAGGGCUGUGGCAAAGAUCAGACAGCUGGAGACCAUUAUUGGAGAGGACCCAGGCCAGCGAGGGAUCAGAGCUUUAUUUGUUCAGGACGAACUCCUGCGCUCCUGUCUGGCACUCUCGCAUGCAAACUCCGUUGCUAUAACAACCGGGUUUCCAACACACCACACGCAAAGUCCCCCUGACGAGACAGAUGGCCCGCCUGGAGCCAUCGCCAUGGCGACCAUGCUGCUGUCACUAGGGAAACAGGUGACAAUGGUGACGGACAGGAGAGCCUUGGAGAUGAACCGGGCCAUCGUUGAUGAAGCAGUGAGGACAGGUGUGCUGAAAACUGCAAUCUCAAUCGUCACGUUUGAAGAAAGCGGCCCAGACUCUGCACUGCGCUUUCUGUGUCACCAUGGAGACCCCAACAAGCCCAGGUACGACCACCUGGUGGCGAUAGAGCGCACUGGACGUGCUGAAGAUGGAAAUUACUACAACAUGAGAGGAGUAAACAUCAAACAUCUGGUGGAUCCCAUUGAUGACCUGUUUAUUGCUGCCAAGGACAUACCCGGAAUAAUCACUACAGGCAUCGGGGAUGGUGGUAAUGAGUUGGGGAUGGGCGCACUGAGGGACAAGGUGAGGACCAUGAUGCCCAACGGGGGGCUGAUAGCCUGCGAUGUUCCUGCAGACUACGCCAUCACUGCUGGGGUGUCCAACUGGGGAGGAUACGCUGUGGCCUGUGGGCUCUACCUGCUCCACACCUGCCCCUCCCACCAGAGAUACAGACUCAGAGGCCUGCGUGUGGAGCACGCAACCCCCCAAGAACAGCUGCACGACUGGACUGCUAACCUGCCGUCUGUGGACAAGGAGGAGUCCAUCCUUUCCACUCUGGUGCGUUUUGGGAUACGAAGCGGGAAAACUGGUCACCUGGCCAUGGAGGUGGAUGGUUUGACCUUUCACCCCACGCACUCUGACAUCAUCACCAGACUGCUGGAAGUCACACUGUGCACCACCCCAAACCCUUGAUCCAUUUUUUCGGUUUAUUGUUAAAAGCAGUGUGUGUGUGUGUGAUUGUAUAUCAACAUGAUGCUGGUUAUGUAGCCAUGUACGCUCAGAGCCCUGAGAGAACACACACCUGAACAUGCACACACACUCAUAAACAGACAAACCGGAGGGGACAUUCUGCUUCCUCUCUAUUCAGAUCAGCAGAAGGAAGCCAGAGAGAAAGGACAGAAUGCAAAAAGGUGUGUGUGUGUGUGUGUGUGUGUGUGUGUGUGUGUGUGUGUGUGUGUGUGUGUGUGUGUGUGUGUGUGUGUGUGUGUGUGUGUGUGUGUGUGUGUGUGUGUGUGUGUGUGUGUGUGUGUGUUACCUUUCAGCCCUCUUCCUUGACUAACGAUGCGAAAGUAAAAUCAGAGCUUCUUUCUCUGUCUGGCUGAGUAAUGAACUGCUAUUUUCAUUCUUUUAAUUGUUGGUAUAUAAAUAUAGUUGAUUCAUUGCCAGUAACUAGAACGUGUGUUAAUAACUGUGAUGUCACAGAUCUAUAGAACUAUUUGAUGUGUCCCUUGGGCUGUGAGUUAUGUGCACUUCCUUCACUUGGCUGCUUUUCAAAGAGUUUCUCCUGAGUAGUAGAGAAAAUCUUUAAAAUCUUACGGCUUAGUCUAGAUGCACUAAUGAUGAAGCCUUUUAUGCACCUUAGCAAGUGUAUUAUUCCUCAACAACGCCUUGGUGACGCUGUACGUUUGUGCUGUUAAAAAUAUUUUGGCCUUCUGUUGAUUAAAUGCUCAGUGUUUUUCCUA